GAAUAUUUGGUCAAUGGGGCAAGUCACGCGAAGAAUGUUUUAAAUGUAUCUCUGUCGUGGUACUUCCCAAAGUACGGAAUCUCCGCGCUGCCCCCGCUCCAUGUUGCGUUCAAAACGGAAUUCAACUCACCUAAACAUGUCAACCAAAUUUUUGGUCUACUUCUUGCUUCUCUCUGUGUUCCGUGCAUGUUCUCAAACAAUUGCGUCUGAAGAGGAGGAGUACGACGAUGUUACUGUCAAUCAAAUGUUGGCCCCCAGAUCCCAUGAGACAGAUGCAACGCAAAUAUUGAACAACUUACUGAAGGAGUAUGAUAAGAAACUUCGUCCUGAUAUUGGAGUUAAACCAACUGUUAUCGACGUUGAUAUCUUCGUAAACAGCAUUGGACCAGUUUCAUCCAUAAAUAUGGAAUAUCAGAUUGACAUCAUAUUUGCCCAGACAUGGACAGACAGUCGUCUAAGAUAUAACAGCACAAUGAAAAUUUUAACUUUAAACAGUAAUAUGGUUGGACUCAUUUGGCUACCAGACACGAUCUUCAGAAACUCCAAGAAUGCAGACUCACAUUGGAUUACUACACCAAACCAGCUUCUCAGAAUAUGGAAUGAUGGGAAAAUCCUGUAUACUCUGAGGCUGACUAUUAAUGCAGAGUGUCAGCUGCAGCUCCAUAACUUUCCUAUGGAUGAGCACUCCUGUCCCCUCAUCUUCUCCAGCUAUGGAUACCCACGAGAUGAGAUGGUUUACAAGUGGAGGAAGAACUCAGUGGAGGCAGCAGAUCAGAAGUCCUGGAGACUCUACCAGUUUGACUUCAUGGGCCUAAGAAAUACUACCGAUAUAAUUAAGACAUCAGCAGGUGACUAUGUGGUGAUGACUGUUUACUUUGACCUGAGCAGAAGAAUGGGUUACUUCACAAUUCAGACAUAUAUUCCCUGCAUUUUGACUGUGGUCCUUUCCUGGGUCUCCUUCUGGAUUAAAAAAGAUGCAACCCCAGCCCGAACGGCUCUAGGGAUAACGACAGUGUUAACCAUGACCACUCUCAGCACAGUGGCCAGGACAUCGCUGCCCAGAGUCUCGUACGUCACAGCGAUGGACCUCUUUGUCACUGUCUGUUUCCUGUUUGUCUUUGCUGCUCUCAUGGAGUAUGCAACACUCAACUAUUACUCCUACAGUGCUCGCAGACCCACAUGUAACAAGACGAAAAGAUCGAACUACUCAGUGCUGGACGUGGGACCUCCUCCUACAGUCAUCACACUCAACAACUCCAUGUACUGGCAGGAGUUUGAUGAUGCGUGCAUAUAUGAGUGUCUGGAUGGCAAAGACUGCCAGAGCUUCUUCUGCUGCUACGAGGAGUGCAAAGGCGGGGCGUGGAGAAGGGGCCGGGUGCACAUAGACAUCUUGGAACUAGACGCGUAUUCUCGUGUCUUCUUUCCCACUUCUUUCCUGUUGUUUAAUGUAGUUUACUGGGUGGGCUACCUCUACCUUUAGCAGCUUCACUUCCUCUUCGCAGAUGCACAGGACUGGUCUGAGCAUAAAUCGAAGAACAGACCGAACCAAGACUUUUUAAGAUACAGCCGAAAUGAAUGAAUGCCGGUUUACAGUGACAUGAGUUGUUCAGUUGAAGACCUCUUGAGCAGGUUAUGACACAAAUGAAAAAUGAAACUUUGCCAUAACAAUGGUACAGGAGAUACUUUUAAAGCUCUUAAGAUGGAUAAGGAGCCUAGCUCUUUCUACAUGGUUGGAAGGGUAUCAACCACUGGCUUUUGCUCUGGUAGCAUUCCCCUGCCAGAAAUCUUUGCCUUUGUACUUCAGGUACCAAGAAAAAAAGGAAUUACCACAUCAUAGAAGCUUGAUUUGUGUGGUUGAAGAAAUUACAGUGAAAAGUCAAGGGGACAAGGCUGCUUUGGCCAAGGGUUUAAUAAAAAACAAAAGCCUUGCACAGCAUGCAACCCCUGACCUCCAAUAUCAAGAUGGCACCCGCAGGUGUUUCCCAAAAAGGUGAACCUCUCAACUAGCCAUCAGUCAAAACCAGAUGCUUUGGGAAGCAAUCAGAUCCAUCCAUAGUGCCUUCUUCUGGAGGGGUAGCUAUCUGCCAGAGAGAGAGAGAAGCAUCAGUGACAGGGGCCUGGUUUUGACUGAGUGCUGAUGUGGCCACUUUGUCCUUUUUCUUUUAGGUUUACUCAAUUGUCAUUUAUGGUCAGUUUCCACUUAUUUUGAUACAUGAGUCAUUCCUAAAUACACAGACACUGACUGCAUGCUGUAAUUAUAGUAUUAUGAACUCAGAAUCAGCACAAUGAUUUCCAUACAACAAAAAUAGAUAUAUUUUUUAUUUAUAGUCUAAUGAAUAAGGAUUAAAGAAAUUUGACUGUAUUUGUAACACAAAAAGGGAUUUAAAAUAGAAAAUAGUUAAAUUAUAUAAAUCUAUAAAAGCAAUCAUUUUAAAUGAUAAUUGCAUGCAUUAUAAUAAAUCACAUUUUCCUAAUCCAGUUUAUUAUAUUUGGGCCUGUUAUUUGUAACCAUACGGUAUCUACAUCAAGUAAAACAAAAUUAACUCACUCCCAAAGAACAACAUUUUAGCUAAUGAAACUCUGGACCACUUGGUUUUCUGAUGUGUUUUACAGUUAGAUGCAGGUUUCAGAUCAGAGUAGACUGGGAUCAAUUCCAGGUACUUUAAACAAGGCAUAUAAUACAUAUUCAUAGACACUUUCCCAGCAUUCCGCAGUCAAUAAACCUACAUUACCACUGUGUUCAUAACCAAACUAUAGUUCACAAUAAGAUUUGCUACUG